CCAUUCGUCACGUGACCAAAACAACAUGGCUGCCAGUCAAAGUUCAUUCGAUACUAUUUCGCCCGGGAUGAUUAUAUAAAAUUAUGCACGUUUUCAUUGGAAUUCUGGUCAGAUCUUAGGUCCGAAGCGAUGGCUACUUGGAGCCCCACUCCUCCGCACAAGAAGUACGGAGUCGCCAUAGACAACUAUGUGAGCAAGCUUCCUUGUGGGGUCAAUCUACAGAUUGGAGAGACAGUGCAGAUUUUAGAAGAAUGUGCAGGAUGGUACAGAGGCUUUUCUUUGAGGAACAAGGAAAAAAAGGGUGUUUUUCCAGCAUCCUAUGUCCACCUGAAAGAGGUCAAAGUGGAAAAUAUAGGGCAAUAUGAAACAGUGAGUCCUGUGGAAGACCCCACAGUGCUGGAGGUGACAUCAGUGCUCAGGGAAUGGGGACAGAUGUGGAAGAGACUUUAUGUGGAGCGACAGAUCCAGCUGUUCCACACAGUCAAGAAACUGAUGUUAGAACUGAUCCAGAUGAGGAGGCAGCUCAUGUCAGGGACACUCACACAGGACCAAAUCAGGGAACUCAAGCUGAGAAUUACAUCAAAGAUUGACUGGGGGAACAGAAAGCUAGGCCUGGACCUGGUACCCAGGAUAGAUGGAGAGGUGGUGGAUGUGGACAGGACCAGUGCAGUCCAGCUGUACCAAGUGCAUCUUAGGAGCCAGCAAGAUACACAGAAUUCUUCAAGUCGUGGAACAGUCAGAAAGUCCAAGAAGAAGGUCCUGUCUCACCACCUGUACUUCAUACUGAAGAACUUUGCCUGUAAUGUCGGGGAGGACACAGAUAUCUUCUUCUCCCUGUAUGAUGCUGGGGACAACAAGUUCAUCAGUGAGAGGUUUCAUGUGAAGCUGACCAAAAACGGACUGCCAGUAAAUGUGGAAAAGCUACACAGUUUAUCAGCCUUCUUCAUUGACUUAGGGAACCAAGACCUUGCAAGAGAACUGUACAUGGUAGCACACAUCUUCAGAAUAGGCAAGAUGGUUUACUCUUCAGGAGAAUCCAAGAAAUCUUCCUUGCAGUACAGAAGACCUUAUGGAUGUGCAGUGUUGAGUAUACAGGAGGUACUGGUUGCUCAGUCUGACCAAUCAGAAGGCCAGGAGGAUAAGGAGUUUCUCAUGAAAGUCUACAGCUGUAACAAUGAGAACGAGAUGUGGCAGCUCCAUGAGAACAUCAUCAGGAAACAGCUGGGCAAGGUCAACCUGCAGGGGUCAAGUUAUGGAAUGGUUGUGUCCAUGAGUCUACUACAUGGAGAGCUGGCACAAGUACGGCAGGAGAACGCCUUCCUCUUCAACAAGGGAGUCACCUUGGUCAGGAAACUGGGCUUCUCUGAUGUCAUCAUGCCAGGUGAUAUAAGGAAUGACCUGUACGUGACUCUGGAGAGAGCAGAGUUUGAGAAGGGAGGGAAGACAACAGGAAAGAACGUGGAGGUGACCAUGGUGGUGUUAGGAGAAGAUGGGGAAGUCUUACAGGAGUGUAUAAGUCUAGGAGAAGGAGAGAUGUACACUGCAGAGUACCAGUCUUAUGUACUGUACCACAACAACAACCCCAGGUGGGGGGAAACCAUCAAGCUUGCCAUUCCCAUAGACAAGUUUUAUGGGUCCCACCUAAGGUUUGAGUUCAGACAUUGCUCUACAAAAGACAAGGAUGUAAAAAAGCUGUUUGGCUUUGCCUUCACCCCCCUGAUGAUAGGAGAUGGUACGACCCUUCAGGACAGGCAACACGAACUCUUUGUCUACAAGUGUGAAGAGAAUGUGAAGUUCCACUCCCCGGCCAUGUACCUGACUAACCUGCCCAGCUCAGGAGAGGACACUAUCGGUACCAUCGGACUGUCUGAGGGAGGGGCCACCUUCCCCAGGAGUCCCAAGGAGACAUUCGUCAUCUCUACUGUCGUAUGCUCUACAAAACUUACACAGAAUGUUGACCUGUUGGGUCUGUUGAAGUGGAAGGCCCACCCUGACAGAGUGCAGGACACUCUACAGAGACUUACCAGGGUGGACGGAGAGGACAUUGUGAAGUUUCUACAUGACAUCCUGGACACCCUGUUUGCCAUCAUGGAUGAAAACACAGAGGCUUUUGGGAAGCAGGUCUUCCAAGUCCUGGUGUUCAUCAUUGACAUGCUCCACAGCGAGAAGUUCCAGCACUUCAGGGAGGUGUUGGACACCUACAUCCAGAAACACUUCUCUGGGGCACUGGUCUACAAAGAACUGAUAGCUUGCUUCAAACGUACUCUGGACACUUGCGUGACGUCUGGUAUGGACAAGCAGGAACAGGCUCAGAACAUGUUGAAGGCAAUAGAGUAUAUUUUCAAAUUCAUCAUCCAGUCCAGAGUGUUGUAUGGAAGAGCCACCUGCGGGCAGGAGGCGGAGUCUUUCAAGGACGACUUCAUGACCAUGUUCACAUCCAUCAACAGGGUGUUAGCACAGCCUGUAGAGGCACUGCUACAAGUUCAGGUGACCUUGUUGAAGUACUUUCAUUCCAUAUACGAUGAGCUGCUGAGAUUAUUUAACCUCCGUGAGGUCGCCAAGUUCGUUGCUAACGCCGUGGACAGCAUUCCCCUGGAACACAACCUGACUCUGCUGAACCAGACCAAGCUGAAGUGUGUGGAACACACCAUCAAGGCCAACAUCUUCAGACAAACAGCUUCCCGUGCCAUCCUCCUGCCAACAUGUCUACGACACCUGUCCCAUCACAUGAGGCAGAAACAGGAGCUGAAACUGGGCGUGGCUGCUGUCGGGGACAUCAUCAUACUCAUCCAGGAGCUGUCUCAUGACCAGUCAAUGUCCGGUGUGGUACAGGAGAAUGUCCAGUUACUGGUGGACAGUCUAUUGGAGCUGAUGUUCCAGGGUGUGAUGACCAUUGACAGGACAGGAGAAGUGGCCGGCCACUAUGUGUCAUGCCUGAUCGGCUUGUUGGGACUGAUGAAUGAGGAGCACUACAGAUGUCUGCUGGAAGGGCUCACAGACAGGAAGAAGCUCAGGGACUUCCUGCUGAGAAUAUUCAUCGUGUUCCGUGAGCUGGUCAAGCAGGACCACUUUCCUCGGGACUGGGUCACCAUGAGGAUGUUAACCAACAAUGUUGUGCUGACUGCCCUGCAGUACUUCUCCCAGGCUCUGACAGAAACAUUCCUCUUCAUGUUUGACCAGCAGCUGUGGAGCAGCUAUUUUGGCCUUGCUGUAGCCUUCCUCACCCAGGCUAGUCUGCAACUGGAGAGUUUCACUGAAGCAAAGAGAAACAAGAUCCUAGAAAAAUACAGUGACAUGAGGGUCCCUAUGGGGUUUGAGAUCCUCUCCAUGUGGCAGAGUCUAGGAGAACACAAGUUGAACUUCCUGCCUGGCAUGGUGGGGUCGUUCCUGGAGAUCUCCCUGGUGCCUGAGACAGAGCUGAGGAAGGCUCUCAUCCCGGUGUUCCACGACAUGAUGGAGUGUGAGCAGGCAACCAGGGGCAGCUUCAAGGAGGUGGAGUGUGAGAUGAUUGACAAGUUGGACAUCCUGAUCAGUCAGGACAAGGGAGAUGAUGAGUACAGAGAACUCUUCCACUCCAUUUUGCUGGACCGUGUGCAAGUAGAGAGUGCAGAGUGGCAGGAAACAGCAGGAUCUUUUGUCAACUCCAUGACUAGACUAUUGGAGAGGUUGUUAGAUUACAGACAUGUGAUGAAGGGCAGUGAAAACAGGGACAAGAGGAUGGGAUGUACUGUCAGCCUGCUGCACUUCUACCACAACGACAUCCAGCGUGAGGAGAUGUACAUCCGCUACAUCUACAAGCUCCACGACAUGCACAGGGAGGCGGAGAACUACACGGAGGCGGGUUUCACCCUGCUGCUGCACGCAGGCAUGCUGGGCUGGACGGGUCUCAUGCUGCCGGAGGACGAGUGGUACCCACGCCAACAGGAGAGGGAGAGGAAGGAGAAAAUCUAUGUCACUGUUAUAGAGUACUUCGACAAGGGGAAGAGCUGGGAGAAUGGCAUCCCCCUGUGUAAAGAGUUAGCAGAGCAGUAUGAGAAAAAAUCUUUUGAGUAUGCCAAACUCAGCCACAUACUGCAAACCCAGGCCCACUUCUUUGAGAACAUCCUGACUGAACUCAGACCAGAACGACCCUUCUACAGAGUGGGGUACUAUGGGAAGAAGUUCCCUUUCUUUCUCAGGAAUAAGACGUUUGUGUACCAAGGCCAGCCGUAUGAGAAGAUACAGGACUUCAGUCAGCGGCUGCAGACAGAGUUUCCCAACGCUUCCUUCAUGACUCACAACCUGCCACUGGACGAUGAAGUCAUCAACUCAGAUGUGGAAUAUAUCCAGAUUUGUAAGGCAACUCCUGUACCUAAGGACUCAGAGAUCCUCCAUGAUCAGACAGUGCCAGAAAAGAUCGCUUCCUACUACAGAGCCAACAACAUAGACACUUUUGUGUUUGACAGACCUGUCCACAAGGGCGCAAAGGAUGAAAAUCUCUUCAAGAACAUGUGGUUGGAGAGAACCAUCAUGGUCACCACCAGCACACUACCUGGCAUCCUCAAGUGGUUUGAAGUCAAGUCUGUUCAAGUGGUUGAGAUCAGCCCGAUUGAGACUGCCAUCCAGACCAUGGACAACAUGAACAAAGAGCUGCGUACCCUGAUCCACCAGCACACUACUGACCAGACCAGGGGGGUACAGAUCCUCAGUAUGAGGUUAAACGGGGUCAUCGAUGCUGCUGUCAACGGUGGUAUCUCCAAGUACCAGGAGGCCUUCUUCGAGGAUGACUACAUCACAGCCCACCCUGAGGAUCAACAGCUGGUGCAGAGACUGAAGGGUCUGGUUCUGGAGCAGGUGAGUGUACUGGAGAGUGGGCUGGCCAUCCAUGGUAAGCUGGCUCCAGCUGAGGUGGUUCCUCUGCACAGGAAGAUGGUUGAGAUGUUCACAGCCAUGAAGGCCAGUCUGGCCGGACAGAACUCCCCCAGCCUCUGGCACACCCAGAAGAGACUGUCUGUGGCCUCCGCACCCGGCGCUCUGGGUCAGAGGUCAUCUUCCAUCCCCUCCAUCCCACCCAGUCCUGAGAAGAAACCUGCCUCUCCCCUGUCUAAAAGUCUGCAGUCUCCACUGUUCCCUGUGAAAACCACCACAUCAAAGACAUACGCUAUCAGUACACAGCCUCCAGCGUCUGUCCCUACCACCCCUGCGACUGCUGCGGCCCCCUCCCCCUCCCCCCUACUCCCGGAGAAGAGGAGGAACAGCACCCCCAACACUAACAACACGGCCACAGAUGCACCAGUGAACCAGCCUGUCCCUACCCAUGUGAGUAGAGACAGUGUACUCAGACAUGGCAGUGAUCCCAGUCUCAGGACUCAGUCUCCAGACAGAGCAGACAGCAUCCUUACGCGAAGUAUGGACGUGAUUCCGUAUGGCACCACAAACAGGCACCCGGGCCCUGGCACACAGAACAGCCCCCGCAGUAGCUGGGCAGGGCCUAGUGUGGGCCCGCCCAUUCCCCCUCGUACUGGCCUCAAAGGUGGAGGUUUCACGCUGAACUCAACAGCCACACCGUCAGUGUCUACCGUCACCACAAGUACGUCCCAGACAGGAGGAGAGGACUCCCAGCCUCCGGCUCUACCUGCCAGGGUCAAGAGGGCCUCUGCAGUGUCUCUCCAGUCCCUGGACAGUGGCCUGGCUCCCAGUCCCCCUCUCACCCCAAACCGUGCUGUUACAGCAUCCCUCCAGUCUUCCGACACUUCCUCCAUCUCCUCUACAUCCUCCACAGACACCAACGGUUCUGUAGAUUCUGCCACCAUCCCCCCUAUCCCUCCCAAACCCCCCAAAGUUCGCCCCCUCCCACCCGUACCUACUGCCGUGGAACCUCAAGUCAGCAAGUCGUUUGGAAGGUACGCGCCGGCUUUCUUUGACUCCACGCCGCUAGUUCCCGCGAAGAGCGGGCAGACACCGCGGAUUCCGGAGAGUCCGGAGGGGAGUCAGUCCGUGUACAUGUCGCCGACUUCCGUGUACAUGUCACCAUCUUCUGUGUACAUGUCUCCUUCCCCUGUCACCCUGGCCUCACCCCCUCCACUGGUAGAGAAGAAGAAGAACCAACAACAGGCCACGGCACAGCAGACGUACAAGUCUGUUCCCAGGCCUGUUCCUACACCCAGGAAGAGUGUCUCAGACAAUAGAUAAUGUAGAUAAUCUGUUCCUUAGAUGAAAUGGUUGUUUUGUUUCAUGUUUUCUUGAGCCACAAUUUCAUGUUGUUUCUUGAGCCACAAUUUCAUGUUGUUUUGUUCAGCUACAAUUUCAUGUUGUUUUGUUCAGCUACAAUUUCAUGUUGUUUUCUAGAG